CUUUGCCUUGUGUUGCUGAGUGCUGAUCCUGUGUGCUUUAUCACAUAGUUGUGUUGCUCCAAAACAACUGUCUGCCUUUGUUUUUAGGGCCUUGCUAGGACUUCAGAGGAGCAGUUGUGCAUCUUGAAUAUGUUGCUCUCCAACUGUGUUCUCUCUCUCUCUCUGUCUUUCUCUCUCGCUCACAUACUCACACGUGCACAUAAACCCUCCUGGAUAAUAAAGCACAGGCUCUCUUUCCUUGCUAUCCUUUUGUUUUGACACACGCACCAGUCUACUUACUGUCAUAAACCUAGAGCUCAUUUAGUUGUACACAAUGGCAGUGCUUAUUUAAUGAUAUUCUAGCUUUAUAUUGCACCUUUGUUGAAUGUUUCUAUGUUAAACAAAGCGUUGAAUUACAAACUUUUUGGAGUUAUCAUGCAAAUGUGUGAUUGAAUGACCGUUGAAAACUUGAGAGCAUAAACAUGAACACUGACAUUGCGAGAAAGAAAGGGAGAGAGAGAGAUACUCCCUUUCUUAACGUCUUUCUUUUUAACGGUUUUCCACGCGAGCUAAACAUGAGAGAGGGGGAGUCCGAAAUAGAAACGGAUAGAGGGAGGAAGAAAGAGAGCGUGUGUGUGAGUGAACUGUUUCCCAAAUUAUUUUGGCUCAACGUCUGCAAAUCCAGAUGUCGGGCAGUAGUGGGCUGUGUGACGGUUCCUUGAAGCGCACCCGUCCGCAGUUUCACAUGACCAGUGGUGGCAGAGGAGUCCCUUCCCCCAAACUAGUCCGCUCCUCCUCUGUGUUUUCGCUUCCAGCCUACAUGUGCAACGGCGAUAUUGUUGAGCGAAACUACGAGAUAUCUAGAAGAGAGUCAUAAGCGCCGAGUAAUCUGCUCGGAUCUCGUCCCUUCUCUGUGUUCUGUCGUUUUUGCGUGUUCAUAACAUCUCCGCGCCGCGCCGGGUGUCACCAGGGAGAGAAAGGAGAAGAGGGAGGGGGGUCGGCUGAAUGCAAGGAGUCGCUCCCCCGAUGAAUUGAAUAGUGCAGCGCUGCUCCUUGGAAGCAGGCCAACGUCCCUGUGAAAAAGCGCGUUUAGCGGCGAGAUGGGAUGUCUUGGCACUGUUGUCAGCUCGGUUUGCUUGCAGUGAGCGAAAGGAGGGAGGGCAGAAUUGGAUCCCGGCUACCAGCUAUCCUCGCCGGCCACAAUGGAAUGGAUGCUGUCGGUGUUUUAGGCCGGGAAACCACUCUACCUCGGAUCUAAGAUAUUGUGCUUGGAUUAAUACAGAUCGGAGGUUUUUUUGAUCGAGUUGCAGAAUUCAUGUUGAAGGGACGCUGAAAUCUACAAGAUGACGGAGGGGCGGCGAUGUCAGGUCCAUCUCCUGGAUGACAGGAAGCUGGAGCUCCUGGUGCAGCCCAAGCUGAUGGCCAAGGACCUGCUGGACCUGGUGGCGUCCCACUUCAACCUGAAGGAGAAGGAGUACUUUGGGAUUGCCUACACAGAUGAGACCGGCCACUUAAGCUGGCUGCAGCUGGACAGACGUGUGCUGGAGCACGAGUUCCCCAAGAAGUCUGGACCCAUCAUCCUCUACUUCUGCGUAAGGUUCUACAUUGAGAGUAUAUCGUAUCUGAAGGACAAUGCCACCAUCGAGCUCUUCUUCCUCAAUGCAAAGUCCUGCAUAUAUAAGGAGCUGAUUGAGGUGGAGAGUGAGAUAGUCUUUGAGCUGGCCUCCUUCAUUCUCCAGGAGGCGAAAGGAGACUUCACCAGUAAUGAUGCCACCAGGUGUGACUUGAAGAAGCUGCCCGCUCUGCCCACGCAAGCUCUUAAAGAGCACCCAUCACUGGCCUACUGUGAGGACCGAGUCAUUGAGCAUUACAAGAAGCUGAGCGGUCAGUCCAGAGGCCAGGCCAUUGUGAACUACAUGACUAUAGUAGAGUCUGUGCCUACAUAUGGAGUUCAUUACUAUGCUGUAAAGGACAAGCAGGGCAUCCCAUGGUGGCUGGGCCUCAGCUACAAGGGCAUCUUCCAGUAUGACUACCAGGACAAGGUCAAACCCAGGAAGGUGUUCCAAUGGAGGCAGCUGGAGAAUCUCUACUUCAGAGAGAAGAAGUUCUCAGUGGAAGUCCAUGAUCCCAGAAGUAGGGCGUCGGUGACCCGAAGGACCUUUGGUCACAGUGGCAUCGCCGUGCACACCUGGUACGCCUGCCCUGCUCUCAUCAAGUCCAUCUGGGCUAUGGCCAUUAGCCAACACCAGUUUUAUCUGGACCGCAAACAGAGCAAGUCUAAGAUCCAUGCGGCACGCAGCCUCAGUGAGAUCGCCAUAGACCUGACGGAGACAGGAACCCUGAAGACCUCCAAGCUGGCCAACAUGGGCAGCAAGGGCAAAAUCAUCAGUGGAAGCAGUGGCAGUCUGCUGUCCUCUGGCUCCCAGGAGUCGGACAGCUCUCAGACGGCGAAGAAGGACAUGCUGGCGGCCCUGAGGGCACGGCAGGAGGCCCUGGAGGAGACGCUUCGCCUGCGCCUGGAGGAGCUCAAAAACAUCUGCAUCAGAGAGGCCGAGCUGACGGGCAAGCUACCCAAGGAGUACCCGCUGGAUCCGGGCGAGGAGCCGCCAACAGUGCGACGGAAGAUUGGCACGGCCUUCAAGCUGGACGAGCUGAAGAUCAUGCCCAAAGGAGAGGAGGAGGAGCUGGAGCGUCUGGAGCGCGAGUUCGCCAUCCAGUCCCAGAUCACGGAGGCGGCGCGGCGCCUGGCCACCGACCCGCACGUUAGCAGCAAGAAGCUGAAGAAGCAGCGUAAGACCUCCUACCUCAACGCCCUGAAGAAGCUGCAGGACAUCGAGAACGGCAUCAACGAGCACCGCAUCCGCUCCGGCAAGAAGCCCACGCAGAGGGCCUCACUCAUCAUCGAGGAAGCCAAUAUUGGGUCAGAGGACAGCUCUUUGUCUGACGCUCUGGUGCUGGAUGAUGAUGAUACCCAGACCACGGGCACCCCCACCUUCUCCCCUGCGGCGUCCCCCCACAAAGGCCUGCCUCCGCGGCCGCCCUCACACAGCCGCCCCCCUCCCCCGCAGUCUCUGGAGGGCCUUAGGCACCUGCACUACCAGCGCAGCGACUACGACAAGUCCCCCAUCAAGCCCAAGAUGUGGAGCGAGAGCUCCCUGGACGAGCCCUACGAGAGGGUCAAGAAGCGCUCCUCUCACUCUGGUAGUCACAGGCGGUUCCCCAGCACAGGCAGCUGUACCGAGGCGGGGGGCAGUAACUCUCUGCAGGGCAGCCCCAUUAGGAGUCUCCCUAACUGGAACUCCCAGUCCAGCAUGCCCUCUACCCCAGACCUGAGGACUAGAGCGCCUCACUACGUCCAUUCCACUAGGUCGGUGGAUAUCAGCCCCACGCGGCUGCACAGUCUGGCCCAGCACUUCCGCCACCGCAGCUCCAGCCUGGAGUCGCAGGGUAAGCUGCUGGGCCUGGAGGUUGAGGCGGGCGCCUCCUCGCCGGACCUCUGCCCGCACACGCCGGGCACCAACGGCUCCGACCCCCUGGACGACUGCUCGUCCUGCACCAGCCAGUCCAGCUGCGAUCACUUCUACCCGCCGGGCAAAGCCGGUUCCUCCUCGGCCGCCACCGGCCACGCCAACUACUCCACGCUGGCCGAGGACUCGCCCUCCAAGGCUCGCCAGCGCCAGCGUCAGCGCCACCGCUCCGCCGGCCACCUGGGCAGCUCCAACUCGGGCAGCAUGCCCAACCUGGCGGCAUCCCGCGGAGGGCCCGGCUGCAGCGGGGCCGGCGGCUCGGGGUCCAGCUCCGGGGUGAUCGGCGGGCCCCAGCACGGCGUCUACAUGAGCAGCCAGAGCCAGCCGUCGUCGCAGUACCGCAUCCGCGAAUACCCGCUCUACGUGGACGGCGGCAGCCCCGCCGGCGUUGUGGUGCGCAGCCUGGAGAGCGACCAGGAGGGCCACUACAGCGUCAAGGCCCAGUUCAAGACCUCCAACUCCUACACGGCCGGUGGCAUGUACAAGGAGGGCUGGGGCGGCGAGGACGGCGAGGGGAGCAGCGGGCGGCUCACGCCCUCGCGCUCACAGAUCGUACGGACUCCGUCGCUGGGCCGAGAUGGGGGGGGCAGCGGCGGCGGCAGCGGGGGAGGGAGAGCGGCGGUGUCGGAGGAGCUGCGCUGCUGGUACCAGCGCUCCAGCGGCUCCAUCAAGGAGACGAGCGGACGCAGCAGCCGGGUGGGAACGCUGGUCAAAGGGUCGCCAGUGGCCUCCCCACAUAGUCAGCGGAGUGGAACUCCGUCCAGUGAGCUGGCAGCAACACCCCCCAUCAGUCCACAGCAUAUUCUGAGCUGGCAGAGCGGAUCCCUCGAAGAUAGCUGUUUCCUGAACAGCUCCCUGUACUCUGAGCUGGUGGACGUGCAGUGGUAUGGACACGAGAAGGCCAAGCCUGGGACCCUUGUCUGACCUCUGACCUCCCCUUCUCCAUCCCUCCAUCUCUCUCUCUAUCUCGCCAUCCCUCUCUCACUGCCCAUAGUGAGCAUCCUCUAGGCAGGCCUGAGCCAUGCGGGGGGACUCCUAUUCACCCCUCAGCCACCCUCUACGAAGACCCCCCCUCCCCUCCUCUCUGCCUCUCACUGUGUGUGUGUGUGUGUGUGUGUGUGUGUGUGUGUGUGUGCGUGUGUGCGUGUCUAGAGGGACACUGCCGGGCUAAGAGGGUUCACAUCAGACAGAGGAACUGAAUCUGUGGGAAAGCGAAUCUUAAUCUGAACUGAAGUGAAGUGAAUCCCAGACAUUCUGAACCCUCAGCCCUUUGUGCCAUCAGACUCUUCUUCACCUUUGAACUUUGAACCCAGAGAGUUGCAGCCCAAUAGCACAUAGAUCCCUCACAGCGGUAGCCCGGCCACACCAAUUCACAGUUGGACUGGUGUAUGUUGAUGUGGCUGUUCUGAUCACGUGUAUGCGUGCAUAUAUGUGUGCGUGUACGUGUGUGUGUGUGUGUGCGUGUGUGUGUGUUUGGGGCCAGCGUUGGUAAUAGGCAAACCCACAUAUCACACUGGCUUGUUUCAACACCAUCUCUUCUGAUCUCUUCUGCAUUUGGGAGGAAUGGAACCUGGUCUCCCACACACAAACACACACUCAAUCUAAGAGACUGCGUUGUACUCCAAGCCACCCCUGAUCUGCCCCCCCCCCCCCCCCUUUUCCCCCCACACACACACACCUUGGUGACUGCAUAUCCCUGAUCUUGACAAAGCGGUGAGGGGGUGCCAUGUGAGUGUCCCUGACCGCCACGCGCUCCACAGAAGGCCCCUGCGCUCCACCACCCCCACCAGGACAGGAGGACUCAGCCUCCAUUUGUGGAAUAGUGUUCUCCUUUCUCAUUUGUUUGUUUUUGUUUUUGUUUUUUGUUUUGUUUUUUGUUUUGUUUUAUUCUGUAUUGUUUUGUAAAAAGAUUUUUAAAAGAAGUUAUAUAAAUCUCUAUAUAUAUAUCACUGGAGACAAACUCCUCUCCUCAUCCUCCUUCUUGUUCCCCAUAUGGAUCAUUCGCAAACCCUCCUUUCACCAGCUGUGGAUAGUCCUAAAACAGAGAACGGGAAAAAAAUGUAAACAACAACAACAACAACAACCUUUCUACCCACGUCUGACCCACAACCAAAGAGCAGCAGACACCCCCCCCCGCCAACCAACGAGGCACAAUGGAAGUUUCUGGAAAUCAUCUGGAUGUCUUCCCUGACCAGCGGCCCAACCAGCGACCCAACCAACUGAACAGACUGCAAGAGCGCUGGGCCUCUGACCAGCUUGGCUGGCUUGUACCUUCUCUCAUACCUCCCACCCAUACUGAACACCACCCCCACCCCUCCUCCCUGCUUCGCUCCACUGUCUCCGGCUAGCAGGGUGUAUUCUUAUCCCCCCUAAAACACAUUGUGGGAGUGCGGGGGGGGGGGGGGGGGGGGGGGGUGAAAAUGUGUUUGUUUGCUUGUUUGUUGGGUUUGUUGGGGUUUUUUCGUGGGAGGUCUUCAUUGUGUUAAAACUUGUAUGUGACACCUCCUUGUUGUUCGAUUCAGAGAUCUGUGGACAGUUCAUCCAUGCAGGUAUGGAUACUGAAGGAGUUAGCUGUGUGCUAAAUGAGCACUAAGGGAAUUUUGUGUGUCCCUCAGCCUGUAACUAGUGUGUUUGGUAACCAUGGAAACAAAGAGCUGGGUCCAGCCUCGUCCAAGCACUCUCCUACUCUACCCUAAAUAUGACUAUGGUGCUCAGAACACGUACUGUACGCACCCAUAAGGAGGAUAAACUACAACUCCCAGCAGCGUUUGCUCUCCUUCAGUGUUCAAUACAGCGCAAAUAAUUCAACCAAGGGUUCAUGGCAGUCUGAGCGCUUCAUGCCUUACAGUGGAACCCAAAAGAGGGUUCCCAGCACCGAACAUGGAAAACAGAAGGAAACAGGACAGUAAACGGUUAACUGCCAAUAUCAUAGGUUACCUCUUGCUCCAGUUAUUAAUAUUUAAGUGACACUCAUAAGAGCACAGCCAAUAUUAGCACACAGAAUUUUACCUGAAGGACAAAACUGCACAUUGUGAAACCACAACAGCAUUCCAGCAUAAAACAAGGCCAGAGCUAAACAAGAAAACCUCAGUUUACAGGAAACAAACAAACUUAACUUAACUGAAAUCUCACUGAAAACAUGCUGUUUUACAUUGUGAUUCAACAGCUUCCCAGUGUAGGAUUUUGAAAUAUGAGGGGUGUAUUGAUUUCAGUUUUGAUUGCUUAUCCAUUUGGGCCAAUGUGUCAACCCAAAUUGAAUAGUCAAAGAGAAUCAGUUGAAAUGUUCCACCAUCAGCUCACCUGCCAAGUUUUAGGACAGUCGUAAGCCAGGAACCACCCUAAGGCCUCUUUGACCUCAGUCCCAGUUAACCAACAAUGAUUUGCCUGUUGGUGAAGGCACUUUAACGGUCCCAUCAACAACUUCAGUGCAGUGCGUACCCAGACCAUCUCCGUUUAGGUUCCAUGGUUCUUCCGUGCGAGCCAAUAAGACGUGAGACUUUCUGGGUAUGCGAUAGUGCUUUAUUUCUCUCAGCGAUUCUCCCUGGCCUACAACCAUCACCUGCCUACCCUCUCAGGAGUAGAGGGAUUAUGUGAAGCCAUACUUUAAAUACAUUUUUGUAUAGCAUUCUGCAUGACCCCCUACCCCGCCACUUACACUAAACUGAAAGGCGUACACAAGUGCGGUGAAAGUGUAAAGAGACCCAUGCAAAAUAGUGAAGAGGUAUCUGAGAAGCAAACCUUCAUAUCUGGUUUAUGUUUUGCCUGUUUUUAACAUGCUGAGAACCUCAAUACGCCAGUGCUCAUUCUAGAGUCCAGCAGUCUUUUGUGUGUACAGAACAAUUCUCCCUCAUUUUACAUUCUGAGUUUGAUGAUCUAAAUGUAAUUUGAUUACAUACUAUCACUGACUACCAGGGAGACACCCCCCCCCCCCCCCACACACACAGACACACACACACACACACCCACACACCCACACACACAAACACACCCAAGAACUACUGCUCGUCUCCUUAUUGUGCCAUGCCUCUCUGGCCCAGACUUUGGAAGAUGGGGGUGGGGCGAUUUGUUUUGUUUGGUUGGCAUUUGUUUGUUUCAUUUUGUUAUCAAUUGUUCGUUACAGGGUGGACUGCUUUGUGGUCCUUAUUAGUCAUUGCCACGCAUGCUGAUAACCACCAUGGACUCUUCCCCUGUUCCCCUUCCAAGAAGAGAAAGACUAGAAACUCCAUGUGCAGUGAUCUGAGCCUGUUCCUUGAAAUCAGACGCCCCCACCCUCAUAGGUCUGCUCUGGUCUUUGUGGUGACCUUUGACAUCUGUGACUCCUGUUUGACCCCCCGUAUACCCACAUCCCGCUCACCAUUGCAACCUGUACUCAAUAGCAACAUUAAGACUUUUUCAUAGUUCGAUAAGAGUUAAAACUAACACAUUUAUCAACAUGUGAGGAUGGAAGGCAGUGUAGGCCUGUGAGGGUUCUUUUGUAAGAAAAAUACAUAUGCCAUUGUUUUAAAUGUUCUGAUUUUUUUAUAUAUAUAUAUAAAUGAGUAUUUUUUUUUUCUUUUCUUUUUUUUCUCAGACAUAGUAACAAAACCCAACCCCCCCUUCAGGUGCUACAAGAAGACCAGUGACUGCUCGGUUUCUUAGGUGUAGACUUUUCCUAAUUGUUGUCAAUAGUUUUAAUACCAGUUGUGCAAACGGAAGGACAUUAGCUUGGACUAAUCUGUGUAGCUCACCCCUCCACUCCUCACAGUAGAGCAUGUAACAUGAUUUUACUGGGUUCUGUUCAGACAUAACCAGACAAAAAUGAAUAAUAAAAAAACGGUGUUGUAGAAAACAAAUGUGGAAUUGUCGGGAAGAAAGAGAGAGAAAAAAAUACAGAAUUCCACAGUUAAUUUAUUCUUUUUUUUCUAUUAAGAAUUUGUAUAGUAACUUUACAUUUUUCAAAACUGUGUUGUUGGCAACUGAUACUGAAUUUUCCAGUUGAGAAAAACUUGGUGGUUCUUGAGAUUAUGAAAAUAAAUUAUUGCUGAAUGUUCUCUAAA